AUAAAGGCUGAUAUAUGAAUGCUAGCGCUGUUGCCAUCAUCUUGAGACCUCUGGAGUAAUAUAUUCCCUAAGACCCCGCAUUCCUCCACAUUGUUGAAAGUGAUGCCACGCCUUUCAAAUAAUAUAUCUAGUGGCAAUCUAGCCAUCGGUGCAUCAGUUGAUCAAAGUCUUUCCCACAAACCAGGAGACGUUGUACGCUGGCGAUGUAUUUUCGUCUCAACUGGAGGGCAACUGCGCACCGCUGGCGCCUGUGAUCGAAAACCGAUCCAGGUCGGUUUUUCGAAAGUAGUGUAGUGCGAACAUGUAUACCCGGAAUAGUAGGCUAGAUUCAUGAGCACGAUCGCUCCGCUCCCGUAUU